GAUGGAGAAAACCACAGAUGCCCAAGAUUUCCCUGUAGCAAAGGCUGCCAUGUCAUUCUUACAGGAUAAUGUCCCAUCAUCAUCGUUUACUUUCCCUGAAUGGAACAAAGGUCGCAUUGUUUGUCAGCAGUCACAACUAAGACAAAUUCUGACUGGCACUGAAUCAUCUUCUAGUAAGAAAAAAAUGGAUAAAUUAAUAUCUUUGAGUAAUACCCCAUUGACUACUGCUGGUGCUGUAGCAUCCAAACCUGAUGGUAAAGCUAACGAUGUUGAUUCUAGAACCGAUAGUACGAGAACCGAGCUUCUAACCAGUGCAGUUUAGAUUAGAGAAUACAGAUUUUCCAUUCAUCACAUUCCCAUGCCCUGUUUAGGUCGAUUUGAAA